CAUUUCUGAAAUUCCAUCCAUCUGAUAUCAUCAAAUCGUCUGACAACUCAUUCCAUUUACACGGAAUAUUUGUUCACCCGCGGGCUUUUCUUGGCAAGAUUUAGCAGACAAGCUACUGGGUCAGACCCGGACACCGUACUAACUGCGGCUUUGUGGACUUGAACCUCACUGUUUGCCGAGAAAAGUGGGCCCAACUCUUGGUGACCCCGGGGGCAAGGAAGCGUGGAAGAGUCCGCCGUUUUUGUUGUCGUUCCGGCUCCCAUAUUUACUCAACGGACCAGCUUGGGAUCCACGGGUUCUGACGCAGAUCUCAAGGAUUUCAUACGGAAUCAUACAGGAUAUCCUGCACGGUGUGUGGGGAGAGUUAUCCAGUGAAUGUUGGCGCGGGUUUGAGGGGUGCGUGCGACCCAGGCUGACAGGUAGACGACCUUCCCACAAUGUCUCAAGCUUGCAUACAGAGAAGAAAAAACAGGUAGCGGAGUAUUGAGGAAGUGUUGCUAAAGCAACAAUGCCAUUUGGACUGAAGUUAAAGAAGACCAAGCGAUACAAUGUCCACACGAAGAACUCGUUCGUGAUCCCAGUACAGUUGCUGGAUAACACAGUGAUAGAAUGUACCAUCACCACAGAGAGCACCGGUCGCCACUGUUUGGAGGCAGUUGGACAGAGAUUAGAGUUACAAGAGGUGUGUUACUUCGGGCUGCGGUAUGUGAGCAAGCGGCUGCAGCUGCAGUGGGUGGAGCUGGAGAAGCCCCUGAAGAAGCAGCUGGACAAACUGGCACAUGAACCACUGGUCUACUUUGCUGUGAUGUUCUAUGUGUCUAAUGUACAAAAACUCAACCAGGAAAUCACAAGGUACCUGUUCUACCUGCAGCUGAAGAGUGAUGUUAUUGAAGGAAGACUCCCAUGUACACCUGAGCAGGCAAUGCUGCUGGCCAGCUAUGCCAUACAAGCUGAGUUUGGAGACCAUGACAGUGACAAGCACACAGUGGAUUUCUUUAAAGACUUCAUUCUCUUCCCUCCAGCACAGAGCCAAGAUGACACAGUCUUAGCUGAGCAUGUCCGUGAAGUUAUCAAUGCCCACCAGAGGCACUGUGGGAUGGCUCCUGCCCAGGCAGAACUUGCCUACAUCCUAGAGGCCCAGCAGUUGGAUGGAUACGGACAAGAAGCAUACCCUGCCAAGGAUGAGGCAGGAAACAACCUAGAAGUUGGAGCCUCAUUUGUUGGUAUUUUCGUCAAACAUCUGAGUGGACUGCCAACUGUCUACUUCAAGUGGCAUGAUGUAUCCAACAUCGUCCAUAACAAGCGGCUCUUCGGCGUGGAGAGUGCCAAGACUGGCGAGAUUGUUCAGUUUGUGAUGGAGGAUGCAGAGAUGACCAAAUAUGUGUGGAGGAUGUGUGUGCUGAAGCACAAGUUCUAUCGCAUCAACCGGGCAUCUGUGAGCAAAACAGUAUGGAACGAAGUGUCGCUGGACGGCCACCGGUCCAACCUGAAGCUUGCUCCCCUGGUGAGUGCAGCCAGCCCACUGAAGAGGACCCCCACCAUCACCAAGAGGGAUGCAGCUGGCAUGUCUCCUGUCCAUGAGGAGGAUGAGCAGGAUGCAGCAGAAGAGGCUGAACCAUCUCCUGGUGACGUGUCAUACAACUCCUCCCCCCAGGUCAGCAUCGACUAUGGUCUAUCUGGCAGCAUGGACAAUGUGCUGUCCAGCAGCACCGAGUAUGUCCUGUCCAACAGCACCGACUACCUGCUGUCCAACAGCACCACCAGCGUGGAUCGGCUGCGCGCCCACACGCCCGGCGUGCACAGCUACAUGAACGGCAGCGUGCCCAUGAACGGGAGCGUCUACAACUCCGCCAACUCUCUCAACCAUUCGCAGGUCAACAUCCACCGCGGUUCCCCCACGUCGUCCAAUCCCAGCAUCAAUAGCAACACUGACGUCUCCAGGGUCGACCUGCGCCCCCAGCUCCCGGCGUACCGGCCGACACCGGACUAUGAAACAGCUGUGAGGAAUAACAGAUUACGGAGUGUGAUGGACAGCGGGCAGAGCCAGUCUCUGAUCAACCUGGGUCUGUCAGGAGUCUACAACAACCCAGAAACAAUGGUGUACAGCCAGCCGGACAUGAUCAAACAUGACCUGUAUUCCCAACGGAUUGUCUCUUUCCCCCAGGAACGCACCUUUGUGCAGUCCCCAGCGGUGUACAGCCCAAGCCAUACAAACACUACCACAGAGACCUUCCCUCUCCACUCUGCGUCAUUCUCCCACACUGUCAGCACCCCAGAACUGGCAAAGCCAUAUGCAAACAUGGCACAGAUAACUGUGAGUUCAGAGGCCCUUCUCCACCAUUACAAGCCCCCACCCCCCUACCCACGGCACCAUACCAGCACACCUGAUCUGGCCAUGCAGCGCUACAAGCAUCCUCAGGUGAGUAACAGCAGCCCUGACCUGCUGCCACGGCGGAUAGUCCCGGUCCCCCGUCCGCAGAUAUUCCAGGAGGACAGCAUUCCACUCGUCCACGCCCUGCAGGAGGCCAGCAGGACGCUCGUACGCAGCACCUCCAGCCUGAAGGACGAGCACAUCAUGCACCCUGCCGUCAGCAUCGGGUCCGUUCGCGAGCUGCCCAUUCCUGAGGACGGCCCAAUCCCACCUCCCCCCUACCCCCAGAACUCUCUUCCCUCCGGAAAUGGAACUCUUCUACAGAGAGCAGACGCCAUGUUGGAUGUUUCUCAGAACUCCAUCAGGGCAGCUCCAGUAGAAAGUGCAAAUGUGGGCAGACCUUCCGUGCAAGACUCUCCAAUAACAAACGGACCUUCCACUGAGGCUGAAUCGCCCCAUGAAGAUGUGACUCCAAAUGAGAGCCUGGUGCACGUAGGUCGGGGGUCAGAGGAGUGUGUCACCAGUGGGUACAGCACGUCCAAUGAUUCUGACCAGGAGGAAGUCAAGAGAAUAGAGAUACAAAGGCUAGAGGAGUGUGCUGAGGACGGAGUCGUGUUCACAGAGUUCUCCAAAGUCCACAAGAAAAAGGAACCAGCCAUCUUCAUGACUGCCCAGAAAGCAGACAACCAGGCCAGAAACCGCUUCAAAGACAUAUUGCCAUAUGAGGAGUCCAGAGUUCGGCUGAUCCCCAGCCAGAGUAAUCCUGCAGGCUACAUCAAUGCCUCACACAUCAAGAUGCAGGUUGGAGAGUCCGAGAUGAAGUACAUUGCUGCCCAGGGGCCCAUGGAGAACACCACAGAGGACUUCUGGAGAAUGGUGUGGAACCAGGAGGUGCUCAUCAUUGCCAUGCUGUCCCUCACUAAGGAGGGUGAGAAGGAGAAGUCGUACCAGUACUGGCCGACAGAGCCGACACAGACGUGCAAGUUUGGGGAGGUGGAGGUCACGUUGAAGUUCAGUAGUGUGUCUGGGCCGUACGCCACGAGGGGGAUGUCUGUCAAACACAUACCAUCCGGAGAGACACGGACGCUCUGGCAUCUACAGUUCCUGGCAUGGCCCGAACACGGGUGUCCACAGAAUGUACAAGAUUUCCUAUCCAUGCUGGCCCAGUACAAGUUUGUCUACUCAGUCCUCAUACAAUACCUCAAGAACUCCAGACUCAUCUAAGCAGACUCCCUGUCUUUGGUAGGACGUUUCCCCUGGUGGUGAAAAGUCUGGGUUCUGUGACACACAUUUUUGAUGUGGUCCUUGGAAUAUAUUGUACAACGUACUUGUGUGACAUGGCUGUCUGCAAGAUGUGAACAGUGGUUGACAUUGGUCGUUCAUCAGUCAUAUUUGUCUCUUAUAUCAACAACAAGCACAGCAUGACAAACCAGAAACUGCUAGAUGUAAGAUUUUCUUACAAUUCAAAUGUUAGAUAUGAUGAUAAUUAUCAAAUGUACUUGGUAAAUUAUGACCUAGAAAGACUGCUAUUUGUUGAACACAGAACUGGAUAUGGGCAGUGGGAAGUGACCCCUGCAGGCAGUGCCAAGUUCAGGGUGUCACUGGUUCUGACACAGACAACUGGUUUGGUGAUACAUGUUCAUACAAGCAGACAUCAUACCAACAGAGCAUACCAUCACUGUCUUUUACAUGUAACAUUCAUAGGAGAUCAAGUCAUACCGGUACCAUCAAUGGCCCUGCUACAAAUUCUCAGAGACAGCAAUGUCAGCUCGCCUUCUUCUGCCCCUUGAAGGCAUUAAGUUGUAUCAUAAUUAAGUUCUGUUAGCAAGAAAAUUGCUAGCAUUUAGUUAUGUAACCAAUAGGAAGACAGAAGUACCUAUUGGCAGGUCCAUAAUGACACAGUAUACCUUUACAGUGUUCAGAAAGAGGAGACUGCUUCAA